ACCUGUGGUGUUUAUUUCUCACAUCCAGUCUCUCGCCGUCAGUUUAGCAAUGGCGGAAAAUUCGAAGGACGAUGGCAAGCACGCGAUAGCAAAAGGCAACGCUAAACGGGAUUACUUGCUAUCUGAUGAGGACCUAAAAGAGCUUAACCAUGAAACAAAAGACAAUCCGAUAAAUAAAUCGUACCCACCAAUGAAGAUAUUCAAGUUGUCAGAAGUCAAGUCGAAAGCUGUCGAGGUGUGGGGCAGUUUAGAGAAAUUAGAAGAUGAAAAAACAAAACGAAAACAAAAGAAAGUGAAUGUGGAGACAAAAAAUGAAGAGGAAAAAAGAAAGUUUUGGGACUGUGAGGAAAUCUACGAACCAUUAAAAAAAUAUAUGGAUGAGCUAAAGUUACCAGUUGUUGCAAAGGAAGUACCGCCUGCCACCAAGGGCUUAUUAGACUGUGAUGUCAUCUUGUGUUACAGUGACUGCAUGAACAGUAGACCACCAGGGGCAUUUGGUCGAAGACUAUUCAAGGAUUUCCCUGAAGUAUCUGAAGUAAACAAGAGCACACCCUACAAUGAUCGCAAGAAGAUGGGACACUUCAGCUGGUGUUUGUGUGAUACUGAGAUCAGAAAGCACCUCAUUGUCAACUUCUAUGUUGUUCACAAGUGGAGUAUUGCAGCAAAGUCCAGAACGGCCAUUCCAGUUCUAGUUCUUGACGCUCUUGACCUUGGCUUAACAAGAUUCACAAAGCUUCUGAAGGACACUCUUUCCAAAAGCUUGAACACCUCAAGGAAACUUGAAAUAGGAACAUAUACUCCAUAUAAAGUUGAUGCUGAACAAUUUAAACAAAUCCUGUUGACCCAUUUUAAAGAUGUUCACAUUUUCAACAAACUGGAACCCUGAAUAGAUCCCCUGGGAGAUAAGCGGAUUCCACAAUGGCCUACACAGAUUAGGAAGGUACAUAAAACACAUGGGAGCAGUUAAUCACAGACGAUGAGAGCUUAGCAGCGUCCACAGAAGACUACGCAAAUUAGAGAGGAAAAAACACAUAGGAGCUUGGCAUCACUAUGUGCGUAAGCGAUCCCUUAACCUGAGAAAACAUUGUAACUGUUGUAUAAAACAAAUAGAUAUUUUUUUCUGUGUGUUAGAUUCAGAGAACAUCUCACAGCGUGUCAUGUACAGUCACCCAACUUACUGUAACUGUGUCUCAUCGCAUAUUUUUUUGUUCAGGCAUGACAUGCCUGAUAAGGGUUCAAAAUAUAUAUAUUUUAAAUCUGCUAAAUUUUACUAGCUUUGUGGAUUUUGAUGGGGAAAAAAGCCUGCAUACUAAAAAUAUGAGAAGGGGAUACAGAAAAAAAGAUCCGGCAAAGACCAGAAAACAUCCUGCUAUUGCCGGCAUCUAUUUUGAACCCUGAUGUCAUAUGUGUAUCUAUUAGAGGACUGACCUGCACAAAAAUGAGAUCUAUUUGUUAAAGAGGCAAUUGCACUAAUUUUAUUUCCAGCAGGGCCAAUGGAAACCUUAACCAUUAAAAGACGAGAUAAUCCACAUACACACUAUUAAACAAACCUGCUCUAAAUUAUCAGUCACAUUUUCUAUUAAAAAUCAUCAGAGGUUGUUACAAAAUUGACCAGAAUUAAACUGGUGCAAUUGUGCUUGAAACAACAUUAUAUAACAGAGCUCCCUUGUUAUGAUGUUGAUAUUUUUAAUGAAGAUACUAGCUGAGUGAAUAAUUUGAAUACACUACAUGAGAAAGGCAAGUCACACACGACUGAGGAAGACAGAGAAAUGAAUAAAGAAAUUUUCAUUCCAUA